AUGGACAGGAAAAUAUCUCUUCAAAGGCUGGAUAUAUAUGGAGGUGGAAGUGGACAAGAAUGCAACUUAAAAGGGUAUGAUAUACCUUUAAAAAGCAAAGUGAUACUGAAUGCUUGGGCUAUUGGAAGAGAUCCAAAUUAUUGGGCCGACUCGGAGAAAUUUUAUCCCGAAAGGUUUAUCGAAAGUUGUGUAGACUAUAGGGGUAAUAAUUUUGAGUUCGUUCCAUUUGGUGCUGGGAGAAGAAUGUGCCCAGGAAUCACAUUUGGUGUGAUUAAUGUUGAGUAUCCACUUGCACUGUUGAUGUAUCACUUUGAUUGGAAACUUUCCGGUGGAUUGAAAAGCGAAGAUUUAGACAUGAGUGAGACUUUUGGAUCUGCGGUUACUCGAAAAGAUGAUUUAUACCUUAUUCCUACCACUUAUCAUCCUUAA